AACACUCCAUUGGUAAAUGCCGAUGAAACGCCGAAGCGGAUUUCCGCUGUGUAAGCCCGUUAUAUUCCGAAAACUACGCGAUGUAGCUGGAAAACACGUGCGUACGAGUGAAGAAAAACAAAGGAGGAGGAGAAACGAGUAUCGCGCGCUCGGCAGCAGUGGCUUCGGCCGCCUGUUGCGCUCCCUCGUUCCUUUCUCUGCCGUCUCCUUCUUUCCUCCUCCACCUCCUUAAGGCAGCGACGCGCGGCACACCUGGGGAGACUAUACGCCGCUACGGCUUAUUGAGCCUCAACGCCAUUUUGCCAGCGCGCACGGCAUCGUUCAGUCGCUGCAGCCGCGCUGCUCCGAAAAUUGUGUGCCUCCGUCGCGGAAAUAGAUCGGUCCGGGUCGGGGGGGAGACGAAAGAAGAAGCCUCGUUGGUGUCUCGCAGUGGCGAGAUGAACACUGGCUGACUCGCACGCGAACGAUGGACGGACGGCAGUAGGCCUCCUCGGUAUCGACGCAUUCCAACAGGUGGGAAACAGGCGAGCAGGCUCCAAAGAGAGGACGAGGGACGAGAAAAUGGGCUCGAAAGUGGAGUACGUGGAGUCGUCGCACAUGUACGCGACCAACUACAUCCGCAACAGCAAGGCGAUCGGGGUUUUAUGGGCGAUCUUCACCAUCUGCUACGCGAUCAUCGGCGUGGUCGCAUUCAUCACGCCCGAGUGGUUGGGCGACCUCGAGCACGAGAACCCCGGCAGAUUUGGCCUCUGGAUGAGGUGCAGCUUCGGUGGCACCGGUGAACUGGUCGAGGAGUGCGUGGGUCGCUUGGACGAGCUGUCGUCGAUCGCCAGCGUGCCGUUCAGAGCGAGCACGAUCCUGGUGGGCAUCGCCGUGAUCAUCGCUCUCGCGUCGAUUCUCACCAUGACGCUGUUCUUCUUCUGCCAGAGCACGACCGUCUUCUAUGUCUGCGGAUGGAUGCAGGUGGUUUCCGCUGUCUGCAUGGGAGUCGGCGUGUGCGUCUACCCGCUCGGAUGGGACUCGCCUCUGGUGCGCGCCAUCUGCGGAGCUGCUGCCACGAGGUACAACCCAGGGGCCUGUGCGAUCAGGUGGGCAAUACCACUGGCGUCGAUAGCAGCAUUGGACGCGGCAACCUUGGCGGCGCUCGCCUUUAUUUUGGCCUCGAGACACGUCAAGCUGCAGCCCGAGCCUUUCAACAACGGCUCGCUCUACAAAGGUGAGGUGAACGCAGCGUACGUGAACGAAGCUCAAAGCGUGGCAGGUUCGAGGAAGUCGCUGUCGCUGAGGCCAGUUCUGCUGGUCGCGCCGCCGGACCAAGACCGUUACAGCGAGCUGUCGCGAGCCAAAUCGCACUCUCACCACAGUCUCUUCGCCGCGUCCCAGUCGCAUCCAGUCCACGCCAUCUCCACCAACACCCUCAACCACUCGCAUCACAACUUCCAGCUGUGAACCAGCCAAAUAAUCUUGUUGACACUGCCUACGCUCGCCCGAGUUUCGGACAGCCUCCGAACACUACCAACGAUUCGAGGAGACGUUGCCAUACCUUUUAAUCUUCCAUUGAGAUGACAUCUGAAACAAAGUAUUUGGUGUUAGUAUACGGGAAAUCGUCGAAGAGCAUGGAUUUCGUCGAUAUAAAGCACGUUACUUACGGUCGAUUCUGCUGAGCGACGAAAGAGUUUUCUACGAUGCAAGAUCGAGCUUCAAGUUCUAUUUUUUCGUUUUUGUAAGAUAUUUUAUUAUGAAUAAGUUCUUAAAGUACUCAAUUUAUGGUAUGUGUGCGAAAGUGUUUUUUUUAUGAGCAACAAAGUGUGAAAUAAUUGUUACUUGUUCGCGCGCUUGAGGGACGAUUCCGUCAACGUAAUUGCUGUUUACACACUUGAAAUAAUAAUCCCAGUUUUUGUACUUCUCAUUGCGCAAGCUUUAUACAUUGCAAUAUUGUUCCAUAUCUAUAGUUUAAUG